CAGUCGUCUCAAAACCGUGGAGCGAGAGAGAGAAUCAUUGUCGUCGAAGGCGUCGUCGUUGUGGGUCUUCUUCUAAACCACAAAGCUGCUAUUGUUACUGCUCUAAGAAUUGUUGGUGGCCAGUGACUGCAAAUUCUGUUUCUUUUUUUUGCGUGUGUGUUUUGUGCAAAAUUGUGGUGGAAAUGAUUGUGUGGAUUGGAUUGUACGAUUAAGAAUACGUCAGUAUUUGUGGGGUUGUUCUAUUUAAGUUGUUGUCUUUUUGGCGUGGCUUUAAGACGUCUAAUUAACAUAUUUAUAUUACGUGCAAUUUAAAUAUUACGCAGCAGUGUUAAGUUUUACAUGGCGUUGCCUGGAUUAUAUUAAGAAUAUUUUUGCACGUGCAAUUAAUUCCGCAGUGUUUUAUUUAGUUAAUUAAUUCAUGGGGUUAUACACUUCUGAGUCUUACAUGGCCUCAAAUUAUUCCUCCUCUUACAUAACCCAUCCUUUAAAGUCGAAUUGUUCACCAUCGUACGGCUCGAUCGGGAACAACAUGGGGGUUUUGGUGACCGGUCCGUGGCCCAUGAGCCAACAGACCUCCUCCGCCUCCUACGCCACGUUAAAUUCAAAGGGGUCGUCAUCAACGUACGAAAGUUCUUGUCGACAACGGAGGGCAUCUUAUCAUCAGGGUCACAACCACCUCCGCCCGAUUUCGAUGCCGACCUCCUCGUCGUCAAAUCGGGACUCGACUUGUUGUCGGUACGAGUCCGCAAUAGAAAUGGUGCCGUUGAACAUUAACGCUGGAGGGGUGGUGGUGCCUUGUCGAAACGGUGGUGCGGGGGACGGGGGGAUGAUGAUGAUGUCGAACCCGACGUCACCCCCGACUUGUGUCCCUUGGCUUAAGAAGAUGAAAGUGAUUAAGAAAAUCCAGCGGAAAAUUGGGAUCGGUUUACGGAGUGGCGGGAUGUCGCCGAACAACAUGCCGCCCCUCCUCUUCAACAACGUGCAUGGGGAAAACGUCUCCAUCUCCGGAAACGGUUUCGUCGCCCGGCGGACAAACAGUUUCUGCAAGGCGAUCGCAUUUUCAGACCGGCCCGUUAAAGUUGCAGAGAAGGUGUGCAUCAAGUUCGUUGAAGUUUCUACGAAUUGGAACGGCGUUUUAAGAAUUGGGUUCACUUCUCAUGAUCCAUCCUCGUUGCGAUCCGGCCUUCCGAAAUAUGUUUGUCCCGACUUAACAUCCCGACCCGGCUUUUGGGCGAAAGCUUUCAGCGACUUUUUCGUGAAGAAGGAUUCCGUUCUCUUCUACUACACCACGUCCGCGGGCGAUGUCCACUUUGGGAUUAAUGGGGAGGAGAAAGGCGUCUUUUUUACGGGCGUGGAUACCCGCGGACCUCUCUGGGCCAUGCUAGAUAUUUAUGGAAACACGACCUGUGUCGAAUUCGUGGAUCCCCGAGCUCAUCUAAAUAACUCGCGUCGCUGCGUGAACGAUUUAGCCACUUCUAGUCGAGAUGAAAUUGAAUCGAGUAUGUGUGACAUUGUGCCGGCCAUGAAUGGAUUAAAGCUUAUCGAAUCGUCCAUGCCGGAGGUGCCAUGUUUUCCAAAUGUUGACAUUGAAGAACUGAAUUUCCACAGAGUUCGUGGAAAGAACGUAAUGCACACGGCCGACUCCUUGCCAAGUAUUGCUCUGCGACGCCCGAGCGAGUACUGCAACGCUUAUGUGUUCACUGCCAGACCAAUUAUGCCAGACGAGACCAUUUUAAUACAGAUUUUACAUAAAGAGUUAGAGUUCUCGUCCUCGAUGGCCUUCGGUCUGACGGCGUGUAACCCGCAAUCCGUCUACAGUGACAGCCUCCCCGAAGACUCGCACCUUUUACUCGACCGACCAGAAUACUGGGUCGUGAAAAAGGACAUUGCCAACAACCCCGUGGCAAAAGAUAUCCUCGCUUUCACUCUGAGUGCUACUGGCGAAGUAACCAUGUCGGUGAACGGUGGGCCGGCCGUGUUUCAAAUGCAUGUCGACAAUUCCGUCCCACUCUGGGCGUUUUUCGACUUGUACGGCACGACGGACCGGAUACGUUGUAUUGGUUCGAUAAAACGCAACAAUGCUCAACCCCCACGAGGUGUUCAAUUAACGCUAGGUGUUCAACUGAGACGAAAUAAGGAGUCGUCGUCGUCAUCGUCGUCCCUCGGGAUGCGAGCUUCUUCAAACAAAUGUGCUUCAACGAGUAACAAUAGUCAAAUCUCGGCCUCCAACAACUUUCCAUCCCCACUUCCGUCGACAUCCGCAUCCACGCUGUUCGCAACCCGGGAGUACUUUGAGCUCUCCCAGUCGCCAAAUUCUAUGAAGACUUCGACCGCGCUGAAUAGAACGUAUAGUGUCUACGAGUCUCUCACUUCGGGUUCUCAAUCACUGAAAGAAAUGUCCAACUACUCGGUGGAGUGCGUCGCCUGUUGCGAGCGUCCCGUGGACAGCGUCUUCUACUCGUGCGGACAUAUGUGCAUGUGCUAUAAUUGUGCUGUGGAGUACUGGAAGAGUAAGGAAAAGGGGUGUUGUCCCAUCUGCCGCGCCACCAUUUCAGACGUCAUCCGAACGUACAAAUCCUAACCAACCAGCAACCCAACCCACCCACCCGAUAAACACUUAUCUUUAUACAUAUUUACCUUAUCUACAUACAUGAAAACCACAAUCGCAAUCCUUCAUGUAUUAUUAUUACUAUUAUAAUUUUGAUGAAUUUACAUAGCGUAAAAGAAGAAAGAGUGAAAUGUUUGUAAUCCUGUAAAGCUAGAUUUUACAAAGUAUGUAACCUAGGCUUAUCCCGAAAUCGUAAAGAUAAGCACAUUUUUAAUAAUUGUUUAGCCUGGGAACUUAUUGUAAAUUUCUGGACGAUAAAUUUGUAGUCGGUGAGAUGAUUAAAGGAAUGGCGUUGAGUUUUUUUGAGCCAGUUCCAAUUUUUCUGAAGGUUUAUUAAGCUUGAGAUCUUCUCCGCCAAAAAAAGUGUCAAAAUCUGGGGGUAGAUAUUUUCAAAAAGUUGGGAACGACCAAAUUUGUUCGGUCAGAAUUUUAUAAUAAGUUCCCAGAGCGGAGAAAUGAUUAAAAAUGUGUGACUUUUGACGAUCAGGUAUAAGGAAAUUAUCGUCGUCUUGUUUUAGACUUUCCAAAUCCAUAUCAUCAUCACAAAACACGAGCAGCUAUAGAUAAGUACAUACAUAUUUAAAUACUGAAAAUACCUUGUUGUUUGUUGUCCCCUGCUUUUGUAAGUACAUAUAUGCAAAUUAAAAAGCCAAAAAAUUUGCAUGAAUUCCGCCACAUGACCAAUAAAUAUGCCAAUAAGUAUGUGUAAUUUGGUGCAGCUAUCUACGUACGUACGUAAAAAUCUUCGUGAAUUAAUAAACGCUCUCUUACCUCGAAAUAAUGAGAAAAGAAAAGUAAA